AUGCCCCUGCGAAAACCAACACAACCUCGAUCGUCGGGACAACAUCCCCAGCGGAACAAGCUUGAGCCCGCUCCCCCUGCAAAUGCGACACACACCUUCUUCCUGGUGGCGACAGUAGCAACAACCAUCGCAGCACUGUGGCAAUCCCUCUGUCCGUUCCUGAUCCGUCAAUCCCAACGACAACUCCUCCCACGAAUCAUCAACCACCCCAUCACCCAAUCCACCACAAUCGCCAUAUCCGUCAUCCUGACAGUUCUCAACUUUUUCAGCUGGAUCGUCCUUGCUUCCAACAAGUCAGGAGGCGCCAAAAUUAACUGUAAAGAGUCGCCCUACCCAGUAAGCCAGAGUGGUGGAUAUACGGCACAAUGUCGUGGUGUCAAUACGGCGAUUGUCCUGGACGUGGUUGUCUUUUUGUUGUGGAUCCCGAUUGCAGCGGUGAUUGUCUGUGGAACGAUCGAGAGGGGCCUUUGGUGGUGGGGCGAGGAUGAUGGGUGGGCACAGCAGCCACAGCAGGGAAGUCUCGUGAAGGGUGGUGUGAACAUGAUGUCGGAGGAAGAGUUUGACCUAAAGAUUGGACUCGGUAACGGCAACAAGGCUCGCGGUGGUAAUAGGUCCCACAGUCGGUUGUCGUACUAUGCGGAUGAGGAGGAGGAAGCCAUGGAGUCUCGGCCGGCGUUUGUCACUCCGAUUGCGUCACAAUUCAGGGCUUCUAUGGACGAUGAAGCAGGAGUUCAGGAUGACCUUGGUCAAGCGUCGCCUUCCAGUUACCGACAGCAUCAUCAACGCCGCCAACAGCAACAACAGCAGCAUCAGGUAUCCCCACAACAGGAUCAGGAACAAGUGGUGGUGAUACCACGAGGAAAUUCAGCAGCAGGAGCUGGAGGAAGUGGUCUUGUCCGCAAGAGUUCGACAAACUCUGUCGCACCCUCUAUCUCGGCACGUCUGUCAACCUUCUUUGGUCAGGGCUGGAACAACGGACCUAUGCCUCCACCUACAGCGCCCGUGGCUCCUGCACCGGCAUCUCCCGUUCCUGCUCACCAUCGUCCUGUUCGCAUCAAGAUGACGAAGCCUGAGGGAGAGGAGGAGGAAGAGGAUAAUGGUGGCAAUGGUGGGGAUAAGGCGUCGUUGCACGGCGACUCGUAUACGACUCAAUGGCACAACCGCCGCUACGACGAGUGGUCUUGA